CAGAGGGAGAAGCCAGACGGUGCGGCGUCCCCGCUGGUUGCGGUCGCCAUCGACAAGGACAAGAACAGCCAGAGUGCUUUCAAAUGGGCUCUGGACAACGUCGUCACCAAAGGCCAGACCCUCACCCUCGUCCAUGUCAACACCAAGCCCUCAUCGGGUUACGAAGAUGACGCUGCCGCUGUUGCCAACACGAUUAGGGAAAUAUUCGUCCCGUUUCGAUGUUUCUGCACCCGAAAGAAUGUACAAUGCAAAGAUGUGGUGCUCGAAGACACUGAUGUUGCCAAAGCGAUCACAGAGUUCGUCACCAACGCCGCGGUCGAAAAGCUUGUGAUUGGCUCAUCAUCAAGAAGCGGAUUCGUUAGAUCAUUCAGGAGCACAGACCUCAGUACCACCAUCUGCAAAGGUGUGCCAGAUUUCUGCAGUGUCUACAUCAUCUCCAAGGGGAAGGUCUCCUCGAUGAGGAAUGCCGUCCGGCCACCUCCGCCUGUCUCUCUUCUCCGGAAUCAAAUCCAAGGCCAAGCAAGUGUUAAACCCGAUACAUUAAGCCAGAACGCCAAGAAUGGCACGAGAGGUCCGGUGCCGAAUGAUGCAGCAUUGACUCCGUGGAAUCUGCAGAAAGAUAAUGAAUCGAUAAAGUCCCCUUUUACCAGGGGAGGACGUGCUUCGACUACGAGAUCAUAUGGAGAGUCGAUGGCGGACAGCGAUGUCUCAUUCGUGAGCAGCGGCAGGUCAAGCGAACGCUCCUACCCUCCGAGGUUGUCAAAUCUUUCAGACAGCUACGAGCGCAGUUUCGAGUCACCACGCAGGUCGGUGGGCGCAGUCUCAUCCGCCAAUGGAUUCUCCUCCGUGUCUCAUGAGAGCUCAUCAUCUCAGAACAUGGAGGAUGUGGAAGCAGAGAUUAGGAGGCUGAAAUUAGAGCUCAAGCAGACCAUGGACAUGUACAGCACAGCAUGCAAAGAAGCACUCACAGCUAAACAGAAGACGAUGGAGCUCCAACGCUGGAAGAUGGACGAAGAGAAAAGAAUCAAAGACGCUCGAUUGGCGGAAGAAGAAGCUCUGGCUUUAGCGGAGAGCGAGAAAGCAAGGUGUGUCGCAGCGAUACAGACGGCCGAGGCAUCAAAAAGGAUAGCAGAAAACGAAGCACACAAGAGGAUCAGUGCAGAGAUGAAGGCAUUCAAAGACGCCGAGGAUAAGAAGAAGGCUUUCGAUGCUUUGUCCCAUACAAACCUCAGGUACAGGAGGUACACGAUCGAGGAGAUAGAGGUAGCCACCGACUACUUUGCAGAGGAGAGAAAGAUAGGAGAAGGUGGCUAUGGCCCUGUUUACAGAUGCACUCUGGAUCAUACGCCUGUUGCCAUUAAGGUACUACGUCCAGAUGCCGCCCAAGGAAGGUCACAGUUCCAGCAAGAGGUUGAAAUCCUAUGCUGCAUUCGGCACCCAAACAUGGUUCUGCUGCUGGGCGCUUGCCCGGAAUACGGCUGCCUUGUGUACGAGUACAUGGCAAAUGGGAGCUUGGACGAUCGAUUGUUCCGGCGAGGUAACACACCACCCAUCCCUUGGCAGCACAGGUUCCGGAUCGCGGCGGAGAUCGGCACGGGCCUCCUCUUCCUGCACCAGACCAGGCCGGAGCCGCUGGUACACAGAGACCUCAAGCCUGCAAACAUCCUCCUCGACAGGAACUACGUGAGCAAGAUCAGCGACGUCGGCCUCGCCCGCUUGGUCCCCCCCUCCGUUGCCGACACCGUCACCCAGUAUCGCAUGACCGCCACCGCCGGCACGUUCUGCUACAUCGAUCCGGAGUAUCAGCAGACCGGCAUGCUCGGCAUCAAGUCCGACAUAUACUCUCUUGGGAUCAUGCUGCUGCAGAUCAUCACCGGCAAACCUCCCAUGGGGUUGACACACCAUGUCGAGCGUUCGAUCGAGAAGGGGACGUUCAUAGAAAUGUUGGAUCACUCGGUGCCGGAUUGGCCGGUGGAGGAAGCUCUAAGCUUAGCCAAGAUGUCACUCAAGUGUGCGGAACUCAGACGCAAGGACCGGCCGGAUCUCGCGACGGCCAUACUGCCGGAGCUCAACAGACUCAGAGAUCUCGCAGAGGAGAACAUGCAGUUCUCCCCGUUUGGGACUGGUUCAUACACCUCACCUAUCCACAGUCAAGUUUCCACACAAGAUAUCAUGAGUGGGCCUGGAACUGUACAAUCUGGAUAUGACAGCUCAAGAAGCCGAUAUAGUGGAUCAUCCAUUCCGGGAAGAUGAACGAGCAGAGUCUUGUGAGGAAGCAAGCAGUUCUUCUGGGGAUAUAGC